UGCAGGUUAUAUUAGCUUAUGCCUUUACAUUGUACUUUGUCGCCAGAUGGCGGCAACUGGAGAAUGGUCCUGGUUAUCUUGGGUAACUUUUAAUUGAAAAAUGCCAUGAGGAUGAUGUUCGUGUUCUGUGCAUGUUUCGUUCCGUCGCAGUUGUUGAAAAAUUGACGUGGCCUAUAGUGGCCUAUACUUAACCUAAAAUUCAGUUUGUAACAAAUUUCAAUAUGGAACGAAAACGAAAUAAGGGUAAAAACGAUAUUGCGUCGGUGGUAGAAAAUGGCGAAGCGCAUGGUAUUUCAUCUAAAAGCAAUAUUAACGACGAUAAAGGCAAUAUAGCCUUGUUACUAUUCCUUUACACUUUACAAGGAAUUCCACUAGGACUUACUUCUGCAAUUCCUAUGAUUUUGCAAAAUCGAGGUGUUAGUUAUAAACAACAGGCAGAAUUUAGCUUUGUUUCGUGGCCAUUCAGUUUAAAACUACUCUGGGCACCUUUAGUGGACUCAAUAUUUUCUACCAGAAUGGGUCGAAGAAAAACAUGGCUUAUUCCUGUUCAAUACUUAAUAGGAAUUUUUAUGUUACUUUUGUCAAGUCAUGUUGAACAGUGGCUAGGAAGCAAAGACCAUCCACCAAACAUAGAAAUUUUGACAUUGUUAUUUUUCUGUUUAAAUUUUUUGGCUGCAACUCAGGAUAUUGCAGUAGAUGGAUGGGCUUUGACCAUGUUGAAAAAAUGCAAUGUUGGCCACGCAUCAACUUGUAACAGUGUAGGUCAGACUGCUGGAUUUUUUCUAAGUUAUGUUGUUUUUAUGGCUCUAGAAUCCCCUAGUUUUUGCAAUAUGUACCUUAGGAGUGCACCCAGCGAAGAAGGUAUUGUCACCCUUCCUAGUUUUUUUUACUUUUGGGGCUGGGUUUUUAUAGUUUCCACCACUUUGGUAAGCAUAAUGAAACGAGAGACAGAACCCCAUGAUCCAGAACAUGAAGUAAUUCAUGACAGAGAUAUAAAAACAGCUUAUACGUCAUUAAUGAACAUUUUAAAAUUGCCUGCCAUCCAAACCUUAGUCAUUGUUUUACUUACAUGCAAAAUAGGAUUUUCAUCAACUGACAGUGUAAUGACUUUAAAAUUAGUAGAGGCUGGGAUACCAAAGGAGAGGCUGGGAUUGAUGGCUAUACCUUUAAUUCCGGUUCAGUUGCUAAUGCCCAUCUUAAUUGCAAAGUAUACUACGGGUCCAAAGCCUUUGGACAUAUUUUUAAAGGCAAUUCCAUAUCGAUUAGCGUUUGGAAUUGUUGCCGCAUUUCUUGUCUACAUAACCCCAACAUUGGUGCCUGAUGCCUCAGCAGGCUUACCUGUUACUUAUGUUAUCUUGCUAAUCGGAUGCUAUGCUCUACACCAGGUUUGUGUAUAUUGUAUGUUUGUAUCAAUAAUGGCCUUUUUUGCCAAAAUAAGUGACUCUUCAGUGGGUGGUACAUACAUGACCUUACUAAAUACUGUUACAAAUUUGGGAGGUAAUUGGCCGGCAAUGCUUGCCCUUUAUUUUGUUGAUCCAUUGACUUGGAAAGUAUGCGAGGGCGGUGCCGGCCUAGAAAAAAAUUUGUGCAGUAACAAUAUAGAAAAAGAGCAAUGUUUGGGGAACAAUGGAAAAUGUGUGACCACAUUGGAUGGAUUUUAUAUAGAAACUGCAGUUUGUACGGCGAUUGGUUUUAUGUGGCUGGUUUGGGGUUUGAAAAAAAUUCGUUAUGUACAAAGUUUGGAUGAGCAAGCGUGGAAGCUUAAUAGAAAAAAAAAAGCAAAAAGAUAGUAUUAAUAUUUAAAAAAUUGUGAUUUAAUUAUUUAAUUGUUCAAGAAAGCUGGUGUUGAUGAAGUUUUCAAAUUAAAUGGUAAUUAUAUGCCAGUAAAAGACUGUUGACUUUGUUUGACAUCAGUUUUAAAAAUGUUGAAAAUGGGUAAUGCCAUAUGGUAUUAUUUACUGUACAGUGUGAUAAUUGGUUUUGGGUUAAUUAGUUUGUUAUUAUCUUUACAUAAAAGAAAAUAAGUAAAUUUUCAUCAUCGAAUCAAACAAAAAUCGUCUAGGACAUCAAGCCGCAGGGACUAAAUUACUUGAUUAGUUCGCUAAUCAAAUUUUAUUUGGGAACUGUUUAAAAUAGGAGCUAUUAUUUACAAAAGACUCUUCAUAAAUGCUUCUGUAACAAGAUUUGUAAGUAGUUUUGAUUAGAAUCCUCAAAUGUUAUUAGUGACAGUUUACAGUUUUAUUUUGUUGCGAUAUCUGUUAAGUUUUUGUAGCAUUAAAAUAUAAUUUUUUAAUAAAGUUAUAUUAUUUUUAUGAUGGGCAGUAUUGUUUAAUUAUGACUAUAGUAAUUAUUACAGAGUACUGAUUAAUUUUCCAAAAGGGAUGCUAUAAUAUCUACAAACUUAA